UAGAGACAACCUACUAGCUCCACCUCGGUGACAACCUGAGAACUCUGGAAUCCCGUGGCUUUAAAACUUCCAAAGGUGCCUGUUGUCUCACAAAGUGGCCUAAGUGUUCUUUUAUUAUUUUGGCGAGGUUCAGAAGAGCGUGAUACAGACAUGUUUAAUCCACAUGUAUUAGAUGUUCCAGCUGUGAUUUUUGACAACGGUUCAGGAUACUGCAAAGCUGGCUUAUCUGGAGAGGUUGGACCUCGUCAUGUCAUCCACUGUGCCUUGGGGCAUCCUAAAGCCAACGUACCUUCCAAACGAGCCAAUCAUAAGAAGUAUUUCAUGGGGGAAGAAGCCCUGUACAAGUAUGAGGCCUUAUAUUUGCACUACCCCGUUGAGCGUGGACUGGUAACGGGAUGGGAUGACAUGGAGAAACUCUGGAAACAUAUUUUCGAGUGGAAGCUGGGAGUAAAACCUUGUCAACAGCCUGUACUGAUGACUGAGCCCUCCUUAAACCCAAGGGAAACUCGAGAAAAGCUUGCAGAAAUGAUGUUUGAGAACUUCAAUGUGCCUGCUUUCUAUCUGUCCAACCAUGCCGUGGUAGCACUCUAUGCCUCUGCCUGUGUCACAGGCCUGGUGGUGGACAGUGGGGAUGGGGUCACUUGCACUGUCCCCGUCUUUGAAGGUUACUCACUGCCUCAUGCGGUCACCAAGCUCUACGUGGCAGGGAGGGACAUCACAGAACACCUCACCCGGCUCCUCUUUGCUAGAGGGUGUACCUUGCCUUGUGUGGUCAACAAGGCCUUGGUAAAUGACAUCAAAGAGAAGCUGUGCUACAUUGCCUUGGAGCCAGAGAAACAGCUACAUAAGAAGCCGGAGGAGGUCUUGAGAGAAUACAAACUGCCAGAUGGGAAUGUCAUCCACAUUGGCGACCAGCUGUACCAGGUGCCAGAGGCUCUUUUUACUCCUGAACAACUGGGCAUCCAUAAUCCAGGACUCUCGAAAAUGGUCUCCAGCAGCAUUAUAAACUGUGACACUGACAUCCAGAAGAACCUUUUUGCAGAGAUUGUACUCUCUGGGGGCACCACUCUUUUUCCUGGGCUGGAAGAAAGGCUCAUGAAAGAACUGGAACAGCUGGCUCCCAAAGGGACCACUAUCAAGAUCACAGCUUCUCCUGAUAGACGUUUCUCUGCGUGGAUCGGUGCAUCCAUGAUGACCUCUCUGAGCAGUUUCAAGCAGAUGUGGGUCACUUCUGAAGAUUUCAAGGAGUUUGGGAAAUCUGUGGUUCAGAGAAAAUGCUUUUAAAGAUCCUUGAGCAUGGGACAACUCAGUGUCAGACUUCAGGAGAACCAGUGGGAGGUGACGUUGUCUCUUGGGCUUCAGCAUGAUGUUCAAUAAAAGAGUCUGGC